AUGUACUCCACCAUACUUCUACUCGCCUGUAUUCAACUCGUCAUUAUUGUCACUUUUGGAGCAGGUAAAAUAGACUAUUUUUCGGUUUUUUAAAUUUUUUUGAGUCCCUAACUAUCAUUUUUUUGUUUACAUGAGGUGAUUUCGGUGAGAAAAUAGAUUUUUCAGAGCCUCGCAACUUUUAAAAAAUUUGAAAAAAAUAUUCUGUCUAGGGAACGUUUUCUAGUGGAGCUUUUUCUCGUGAUCUUGGAAUCAAAAGAAAGCGUUCACUUUCGGGUUAACCUUUCAUUCCAAGGAUAAAAUGACGCUUUUUCAAGAAAAAGGGCCAUUUUCUUCUUUUUCUGACUUUAACAUGACCUUCUUCUUUUCGAUACCUUCCCUUAAAAAGGAAGUUUCACGAAAGGACGCUAGGAAGGUUUUUUGAAGGCCACGGCGUUUUUUUCCGUAAAGUCUAGUGUGUGGUGUGCAUACACUGCGGCGCUCUGGCACAUGUAAUUUUCGCCCUUAAUUUUUGGUUUUGCACUUUCUUCCACUAACAAAAACGCCGUGAGGUCUUUUGUUCAAAAAGCUCUUUUUUUGAAUUUAGCUCACUAGUCAGCAAACUUGGGGCACUGAAAACGGUUGUUUUUUAUUUUUUUGAAGUCUGCCAACAAAAUGAGCACAUUUCAGGAUGGACAUCGGCCUCAAAGUUCUACAAACUUUUUUAUAUCGGUAAUUUGGGCGCCUCGCCACCGUAUUCCACCUUGAUACCAUAUCCAAGCGUAAGCCUAUUAUUUUUUUAAUACGAUUUUUAGAAUGAUGCGACCAAUUUUUAACAUUUUCGGACACCUGAUGGCUUUGGAAGUCUUGAAAAAGUUAUCCAAUAGAGUUUUAUGGACUUUUUUUAUGUUAUAAAAAAAUACUGACAAUAUCUUAUCACAACUGAAGGAAUCAGAAAAAUUGAAAAAAAGUCAUUAAAUCGAAAAAAACGCAUUUUUUUCUGUUUUUAACACGCCUCUGUAACUCUCAAAAUCAACGGGUCAAAAAAAACUUUAUUUUUUAAUUUUUAUGAAACUUUAUCCAGUGUGAUAGCCUAUCUUCUGGCCGCAAUUUUUUGAGCCAUUUCCUCUUACUGUAGCCGGGUUACGGUAGGCAUGUGGUUUUUGAGCCGUAUCCUGGGUUUUAAGCCACUUUUUGAGCCAUUCCCUCUUACUGUAGCCGGGUUACGGUAGGCAUGUGGUUUUUGAGCCAUAUCCUGGGUUUUAAGCUACUUUUUGAGCCAUUCCCUCUUACUGUAGCCGGGUUACGGUAGGCAUGUGGUUUUUGAGCCCUUUCCUGGUUUUUGAGCCCCUUUUUGAGCCCUUUUCUGGUUUUUGAGCCAUUUCCUCCUACUGUAGCCGGGUUGCGGUAACCCGAAGGGCACCUGCGCAUCUAAGUAUCGAAGAGUUUUCACUAGGAAAUUGAUAUAUCGAUCGAUAGGUAGUCUAAAUUUUGGAACUUUACAGUUCAUAUCAUCUUGGGUUACUGUAGAAACUUUUGAGAUACGGUACUGUUUGUGUUUGGGAAGUCUGCCAAAUGUAACCCGGCUACAAGAAGAGUUUUGAGGUCAAGAAACUUUUUUUUUAGUGGGUGGGAAAAGUUUUCCUAAAGCUUUCAAGCCAAACAUAGGCGCUAUAGAAAUGUUCCUUUUUUGGUGCCUUUUUGCGCCAUUUUAUCGACUUUUAUGCACCAUUUUUGCAGCCUCUCCCUUUUUAACCAUUUCUUGGGCCUUUAAAAUCCCAGAAAAAUGGAAGGCCAGAUGAAGGGACUCUUUUUGGUGCCUUUUUGCGCCCUUUUUGGUGCCUUUUUGCUGUCUUUUUCAAGCCUCUCCCUUUGAGCGGCCAUUAUCCGACUUUGCCCCAAUACAAAAUUGAAAAAAUCAUUUUCAGGGAGUCCCGGGUUGGUUUUCCUACGUCGCCAUCAACAUGUACUUUGCCCUAGCCGUUUCGGUGGCUUUCGUCAUUUUUCUAGCCGUUCAAAUGUGGGUCUUUUUGCUCAGAAAUCAUGACGAACACUCGUUGAGAAGAUACGGUAGAAAAUAAUCGUUUCAAGACCAUUCCUUCGGAAAAAUUCACUGUUCUAUGAUGUUUUUUAAUUUCACCGGAUGUUACAAAAACACUAAUCAAAACAUUUUCUUUGCGUUUUUCCAAGAAAUCGAUAAAAGUUGGAGUUUAUACUGUCUUUUUGAGCUUUCUGUUUUUUUUUCCGAUUCUAAACAUUGGACCAAAUUUUUUUUGCUAUUGUAAACGUUACGUAACGUAUCGUUCCAGGAUCCUUCUUAAAUACUCCAGAGUGGUCCCUAGAGGGGUAAAAUUAGAGGAGCUUGAAGAUUUCCCUCUAGAGGCCAUCUUCCGGUAGAGAGGCCUUUAAAGCUUGCAAAAGUGGCCCCUACAGGGGUUUUGCUCAGUGACCCCUAUAGGGGACAUGCUAGUCGAUAAUUUUUAUGAUUUCUAAGCGAAGAAGCAUUUUCAUGGGGAAAAUUGAUCAUAUAAGCGUUUUUUGAAUGAAAUUGAAAGACCCUUAUAGGGUCCACUUGAGCUUUAGGGGCUAAGGAGAACCCGUAUAAGGACCACCGCUAUUUCACCCCUAUAGGGACCACUUUGUCGGCCCCUUUAGGAGUUUUUUCCCCUCCUAACCCCUUUAGGGAACACUCUGGAACUCCUGAGUAAGAAAAGCUAACCCUGAACCCGUAUAAAGGUCACCGCUAUUUCACCCCUAUAGGGAUCUUUUUUUCGGCCCCUUCCCUAACCCAUAUAGGGACCACUCUGGAACUCCCUAGUAAGAAAGGCUAUAGAAAAUCCAAAAAAAAACUUUGAAAAUUACACGGAAAACAAAAAUUGUUCAUCAAAUACGGUUUUUACUUGUUUCAACACCAGGAAAGUGCAUUCCAUAAUCAUAUUUUUUGUAAAAUACUCGAAUUUUGAGCUUAAAAGAUGUUGAAUGUCAAGAGAGCGUAAUAUUUGAAGAAUAUUCAAAAAAAAAACCCUUUUCCAGCAUGAUGCCAGCCCUAUUGGAGGGCAAACAGAAGAUUGUCAUUUUGGCCGAUUUGGUCGUCUCGAUCACCCUGACGCUGAUCCUUUUCAUCACUUACAUUGUCUUCGCCUCCUCUCUGAAUGGUACCUUUUGAAAUUCUAAACUUGAAAUGAAUAGAAACUUUUCAGGAGCCAAAAACUACACGCUUUGGGGUUUGGUGAGUAUUUUCUAUUUUUAAAGAUAAUUUUUUUUUCAAGAAAACUUAUCCAUUAAAAUAUAGAGAAAAUGGAGGAAAAAAACGGAAUUCAGUUACGGCAUAAUUUUCAUCCAUUCAUUAAGAACCUUUCUGAAAAAAAAUAUAUAAAAAAUAAAGUUUUUCAGAUAAAAAUGCCAGAGUGCGUCAUAAAUAUUGAUGCAAAAUUAAAGUACCAUCAAAACUCACAAAAAAAUUAUGCGAAAAAUUCCGAGAUAUUAGUGAAAAAGUUUAAUUGAAUCUACGCGAUUUUUUUUUCUUUUUAGAAAGGUAUUAAUCUUGAAACAAUGCUUUCUUGAAACAAAUUCCCGAGUGCGUCUUAUUUAUUGAUACAACUAUGCAAUUUCGUCACGAAAAUCAUUGAAAUAAAUCGCAAAUUUAGCGACAGAAACGUAAAAAAAACGGAACUGAUGUUCAAUAUGUAUAUUGAAAGAUUUAUCAAGAAGUUUUUCAAAAAAAAAAAAACAUGAAAAGAGGAUUUUCGCAUAACUUCACGCGUCGAAAAAAGGUUCCAACACGUUUGAAAGUAACUCAAGUUUAACAAAAAUUUCCCGUUAAAUUAUAAAUAAAACUAUUCGUGUGAUCAUAUUCCAUUCAUUAUGACAAAUACUCAGAAGAAGAAAAACCGAAAAAUAAAAAUAAUUCCAGAUCGCCAAAAUGCGUCAUAAGUAUUGACGCGUGCUUAAAAAUUAAAUUCAACUUAUAUUUGUAGGAAAAAUUUUUUUCAAUGGACCUAUAAAAAAAGAUGAAUGAAGCAAAUAAGACACUUUAAUGAAACUAUAGAAUAAUAAUUUUAUUCAUUUUCAAAAAAAGCGUGUUUGAUUUAUUGAACAAUCUUGGAAAAAGUCUAAAAAAAUUCCUCGAUGAACGUUAAAUUUAACGGACCUGAAGUAAAUUUAUUAUUUAUUUUCAACUUUCUGAAGUUUCAUUCGAGAAAAUCCAAAAAAUCAAACCUCUUUCUGGUAUUUUUCAAGAAUGCGUCAUAAAUAUCGAAUCCCGCUCCGAUUUUGUCCGAAAUUGAUUGAAAUAUACUAUUACUCGGCAGACACCUCGGCCCGGUGCAACCCCCAAAUUUGCUCUCUUUUCCCCAUCUUUUGCACUUUGCAAGUGGUAGUGACAAACCGUAACAUUUUCGAGUCUUUUUCGUGCGAAAGGAGAGGCUGCACAGUGCUGACCACGAAAUUCAAAAUGCAAGAAAAAAAAUAUUAUUAUCAACGGUGCGACUUAACCUAUUCCCAUGGGGCGCAAAAGAGGUAAGCUAUUACGAUAGCUGCAGAUUCUAUUUAAGUUCAAAAGAUCUACUAAAUAAAAAUUUUAGAAUUGAAUUUGAGAAAAUUACAGAUUUGAGAUUCGCUUUUUUUCGCUCGCUUUCUCCCCUGAAAUUGCACUGAAUUGACUCGGAAUUUCGAAAAACUCCACUCUCGAGGUCAUUGCGCAAUAAAAAUGUCACCGCGCUCGGUUCUGCCCCUGAAUGUGCGAGAAAAAGCACCGAAAAUUUAAAGGCCGCAUCCCAGAUAGGGUCUGCCCGGAGCAUAAUUCCUGCCGAGUAAAGUGCGUCAUAAUUAUUGAUACUUGUUAGAAAAACAACCCAAAAUUUCAACGAAAACUUAUCAAAUCGAGUAAAAAUAGAUAAAAAUCUAAGCAAACUAGUUACUUCAAGCUGAAAAAAAUCAAUAAAUCUUCAAAAAAAUAAAAAAAGAACCAACCUUUUCUUUGGAUGUUUUUUUAGAGUGCGUCAGAAAUAUUGAAACACGCUUCAAUACGUGAUAACUUUCUUCAGUAAAAAAAUUAUUAUAUAAAAACUUGAAAAAAAUGAUUUUAUUGAAAUUUUAAAAAAACAAGGUAAAAAAAGAGGUAGGAAAGGAACAUUUUCGUACACAUCGGAAAAGAGGCGAUUUCUGGUGGCUUUUGCGCAUUUUUUUGAACUUGAAAACCCACAAAAAAAAUCUUUUCUUUCAGCAACUGGGCUAUUGUUUCGGCUUAUCAAUCUUCGCGUCACUGAUUUCAUUGGCCGCCGUUAUCAUCAACGGAAUUUGUUUCUGGCACAACAAAUAA